AUGGCGAUCACGCGACGAACGGCAGGGCCCUCGCCGCCGGCUCCGCCACCGUGGCCCGUGACGGCGAGGCACCGUGACUCAGCGUCGCAGGAUCAACCACAGCGCCCACCAACCGCAGCAGUCACCUGCCAUCACUAUCCUCAGGAGUUGCGACAAAGUCGGCAACGUCUGCAGCGUCCCCUGCCAAACGUGGCCGAGCGCCCCACGUGGCCGAUGGGCCACCGGAUGCUGCGGCAGUUCGCGUUCGUGCCGCUGGUGGCGCUGCUAAUGGUACUUCCCCACACGGCCUCGGCUCGGCGUGUAGACUCCACCGCCGUCGUCGUGUCCAAUGUGAGCCUCGCUAAUGGAGACAGUAAUUAUAGGCUUUCGAAGCGGAAUAAUUAUAGUGUUAGUGACGAUGAUCUAAUUACGGCGCCCCACGCCAACGAGGAGCUGAUCCUGGGGUACGCAGCCGGGCCGCUCCCGAAGGACGCCGUCAGUCCAAAGGUGGUGCGGUCCCCCCGACCGGCGGCCAUCUACAUGAACGAGUUUGCGGUCUACAUCCCGAACGGGGUCGACGUUGCCGAUUCCGUCGCCCACAAGCAUGGCUUCUCCAACCGGGGACAGAUUGGCGCCCUGAAAGGAUACUAUCUGUUCCAUCAUAAUCACGUGCGAAAGCGAUCCCUAGACCAGGCCGAAGUGCAUCACAGUGCGCUCAACACCGAACCGGAGGUCCGAUGGGUCCAGCAGCAGCACGAGAAGCCCCGCUUCAAGCGCGACUACAGCACGUUCGAUCAGGACUUUGUGCGCUUUCCCGGCUUCCCCCGGUCGCUGACGCUGCCCGGUGGCCGGAUGGCGUACCGGGACACCGGCACGCACAACAUCUUCCCCGAUCCACUGUUCAAGGAGCAGUGGUACCUGAACGGUGGCGCCAAGGACGGACCAGACAUGAACGUGGGGCCGGCCUGGCAGAAAGGAUACACGGGCAAGGGCGUCGUCGUGUCCAUCCUCGACGACGGCAUCCAGCGGAACCAUCCGGACCUGGCGCUAAACUACGAUCCGGAUGCUUCGUACGACAUCAACAGCAACGACUCGGACCCGAUGCCGCGCGAUAACGGCGACAACAAGCACGGAACGCGGUGCGCCGGAGAAGUCGCGGCCGUCGCCUUCAACCAGUACUGCGGGGUCGGCGUGGCGUACAACGCGAGCAUCGGCGGUGUGCGCAUGCUGGACGGGACGGUGAACGACGCGGUGGAAGCGAAGGCGCUCGGGUUGAACCCGGAUCACAUCGACAUCUACAGUGCGUCGUGGGGUCCCGAGGACGACGGAUCGACUGUGGACGGGCCGGGACCGUUGGCGCGCCGUGCCUUCAUCUUUGGCGUCACGAGCGGGCGGCAGGGCAAGGGUUCGAUCUUCAUCUGGGCGUCCGGGAACGGGGGCCGGUACACGGACAGCUGCAACUGCGACGGCUACACCAACUCCAUCUUCACGCUCUCCAUCUCCAGUGCGACCCAGGGCGGCUACAAACCUUGGUACCUGGAGGAGUGCUCGUCGACCCUGGCGACAACCUACAGCUCGGGAACGCCCGGGCACGACAAGAGUGUGGCCACCGUCGACAUGGAUGGCUCGUUGCGGCCCGAUCGGAUCUGCACGGUGGAGCACACCGGAACGUCCGCAUCUGCCCCGCUGGCCGCCGGCAUCUCGGCACUCGCCCUCGAGGCAAACCCAUCGCUGACGUGGCGUGACAUGCAGUACCUGGUGGUGCUGACGUCCCGCUCGGAGCCCCUCGAGAAGGAACCGGGCUGGAUACUGAACGGCGUCAAGCGGAAGGUGAGCCACAAGUUCGGCUACGGGCUGAUGGAUGCCGGCGCGAUGGUCAGCCUGGCGGAGCAGUGGACGUCCGUGCCGUCGCAGCACAUCUGCAAGUCGCGCGAGAUCAACGAGGAUCGCUCGAUCGAGGUGUCCGUCGGCUACACACUCCAGACGCACAUGGACGUGAACGGGUGCGCGGGCACCGUGAACGAGGUCCGCUUCCUCGAACACGUCCAGUGCAAGAUCACGCUUCGGUUCUUCCCGCGCGGCAACCUACGCAUCCUGCUGACCUCGCCGAUGGGCACCACGUCGACGUUGCUGUUCGAGCGACCGCGCGACAUCACCAAGUCCAACUUUGACGACUGGCCGUUCCUGAGCGUCCACUUCUGGGGCGAACGGGCCGAGGGUCGCUGGACGCUGCAGAUCCUGAACGGGGGGCCACGGCGCGUCAGCCAGGCCGGCAUCCUGUCCAAGUGGCAGCUCAUCUUCUACGGCACCCAAACGAACCCGAUCCGCCUCAAGUCGGAAGGAGGCGGAACGCGCAGCGGAACGGCAGCCGGAUACGCGGCAGCGGCCGGUCUACCGAACCCGUUCGUGUUCCCGACCGAGACGGACCAACAGUCGGCCGGACUAGGUGCGGCCGGAGCCGCCGGCGGCGCCUACUACCAGUCGUCGGAUCUGUACAGCAACUUUAUGAACUUCCCGAACCUGUUCAGUGGGGCGGGCAGCGGCAUCGACCAGACGGUGGCGACACUGAACGGCCAUAACAUCCCGACGGCCCAGCGCGAGAACGUGAUGGCCGACUCGAACAACAAGCUCGUGGUGCUGCACGACUGCGACCCGGAGUGUGACCAGCAGGGCUGCUACGGCCGGGGACCGACGCAGUGUGUCGCCUGCAAGCACUACCGGCUGGACAACACGUGCGUCAGCCGGUGUCCACCGCGAAGCUUCCCCAACCAGGGCGGUGUCUGCUGGCCGUGUCACGAGUCGUGCGAAACGUGUGCCGGCGCCGGCCAGGACAGCUGCCUCACGUGCGCCCCGGCCCACCUCUACGUCACCGAUCUGGCCGUCUGCCUGCAGGUCUGCCCGGAAGGGUACUACGAAAACUACGAUAAUCGAACGUGUGUGCCGUGCGAAGCGAACUGUGCAUCCUGCCAGGACCGGCCCGAUUACUGCACGAGCUGUGAUCAUCAUUUAGUUAUGCAUGAGCACCGAUGCUACGCCGCCUGCCCGAAGAACACCUACGAAACGGAGGAUUACAACUGCGCCGAUUGCCAUCCUUCCUGUGCGACGUGCAACGGAUCGUCCGAGAGCCAGUGCAUCCUGUGCCGGGGUGGCCGAUUCGCGCACGAGGGCCGCUGCCUGAACAGCUGCCCGGACGGUUACUACGGGGACAAAAAGCGCCACGAGUGCAUCGGCUGCCCGCACGGCUGUGCCACCUGCAGCAACGGUGCCGUCUGCCUCACGUGCCACGACCACUGGACCAUGAACCGGAAGGGGAAAUGCAUCGCCAACGGCAACAACAACUGUGACGAGUCGGAGUACUUCGAGAACGGCCACUGCCACCCGUGCCAUUCGACGUGCGAAACGUGCACCGGUCCGACAGAGAACGACUGUCUGACGUGCACCUCCAACCUGCUGCUGCAGGGCCAGCGGUGCGUCAACGUGUGCGACGACGGCUACUACAUGGAGGUCGGGGUGUGUGCCAAGUGUCUGCACACCUGCACUCAGUGCGUGUCGCGGAUGAACUGUACGGCCUGCAUGCGGGGCCUGCAGCUGCAGAGUGGCGAGUGCCGCACGACCUGCGCCGAUGGAUACUACAGCGAUCGGGGCACGUGCGCCAAGUGCUACCUGAGCUGCCACACGUGCAGCGGCCCACGGCGUAACCAGUGCGUCCAGUGCCCGGAAGGCUGGCAGCUGGCCGGCGGUGAGUGUUUCCCCGAGUGCCCGGAAGGUUUCUUCAAGACAAAGUUCGGCUGCCAACGGUGCCAUCAUUACUGCAAGACCUGUAACGGUGCCGGUCCGUUGGCGUGCACCUCCUGUCCGGCACACAGCAUGCUGCAGAACGGGCUCUGCAUCGAUUGCCUCUCGUCGCAGUACUACGAUCCGCCGACGCAGACGUGCAAAACGUGCCACGAGUCGUGCCGGACGUGCAGCGGGCCCGGCCAGUACUCCUGCCUCACCUGCCCCUUCCCGUUGCACCUCGAUCGACUCAACCAUCAAUGUGUGCCUUGCUGUGCGGCGGACGCUUCGCCCGAUGAUCAGAGCUGCUGCCACUGCGACAAAGCGACCGGUGGCUGCAUCAACGCAUCGCCGGCCGGUAAGCGGCGGGUCGGUGCCGAGCAACAGUUGCUGCAGUUCGGCGACGAGAGCUACGGAGGAGGAGGGCCCAACGCCCCGCCAUCAGGCGGUGACGGUGGUGCCGGUGGGUUGCACCACUUCUGGCAGCAGUUCCUAACCAACUCGUCCAUGUCGACGAUAACAGUGGCCGCCGUGUCCGGCUGCCUGCUGAUUGUUACCCUGUUUAUAGUGAUAUUUACCGUUUUACAGAAACGUAGCCAAACCAUGUACACUGGCAUUAAGUAUAAUAAAUUAGGCAAGAAACCACCGCCGGGCGGCACCAGCACCACCAGGAUAUCGAUACCGGCCGAUGGCGAUGAUUUAUUGGAACCAAUUGUAAAUAACGCCGACGACGACGACGACGAUGAGGACGACGAGGAAGACGACGAGCAGGAGGAGGUGGAUUACGAAGUGGAGGGCGCUGGGGACCGCAGCAGCGGACGACGACGGGAGGCGGCACGGUUUGACAGCCGGAGGUCGUCGUCAAGUGGCCGGCGGGGCAAGCAGACAUUCCGGUAUGCUGCCGUUACGCGGACAUAAUCACGAGCCACGGGACCGGGUCGGGUCUAAGGGUGCAGUAGCAGCAGCAGCAGUAGCGAGCCGCGGUUAUUCUACGGAUCGGAUCGGAAACGGAAGUGUCGCGUGCCUGUGAAAACGGGUGAAUGAGUGUGUGCGUGAGUUCCGGUGCGUGUACGCAAGGUUGUUGUAUGCAUGCGAGAGAGUUUACGCGGGUUCGCAGGUUGUGUGCGGCCCAUUUUACGGUGAUGGGAGCUCAGGAACACACCGCCCUUUUUUAUUGUGCAAUCUUAAUUAUCAUCCUCGUUCGACACUCGACACUUCUCGCGCUAUGGCCCUGUCCCGAUUCUUGGGGCACCCAUUUCCUUCCACUUUUAUGCAAUUUAUUUAUGCUUUUUGCUGUGUGGGUUUUCGUAACCAAAAACAAAACACUAACAUCCUCCGAUUGAUCAUUCUAAAUCUGAAUUUGUGUGUGUGUUUCCGUGUGUUGUGAGGUGUGUGUGCCUAACGAAGAGAACUAACAGCGAAGCGUGUGUGUGUGUGUGAAGGAACCCGAAUCGAAAUCCGAAUCCAAAUGAAGCGAUUAACGGCGCAACAGCGCGCCAACGGCCGGCAAAGGAAUCUGAUGAUGGCGUUAUGCGUAUAUUGAAAUAGAGAGUUAUAUUAAACUAUACAUAUUUUUAUUUGUUUAGCCUUGUGCGCAUGCCCCGGUAGGGGGGCCGAACUAAGCGGGGUGGUUGAGGGGGGGAAUUAUGUUGCAACGGCACCACCUCGAAGAAGCUCGAGUUCGUUCGCAAGUUGUUGUAAAAAGAACGAUUGAUUUUCGGUGUGCUUGGAAAUCGUAGACCUAAAUAACGUCGGGGAAGAAUCGUUUUUUAAAACUCCGGCCUGGCCACCGCCACUAGAAAGAGCAAGGUAGACAGAGAGAGAGACAGAUGGGGAAACGGCGAACGGCGGUCCUCUGCUCACACCGGUAAAGGACGAAAUUACUCGAUAUUGUGUAAAGUAAAAUACAUACUACCCUCAUCCAACAUUCGGACGCGCGCAUUCAUUCGGGAAGGAGAGGUCAGAGAACUAGAGCGUGGCCGAAAAUGGGACGCAAACCGGACGCAAGCCGGAUGCGCAAGCUAAACAAAAUGAAACUGGGGUGAUACGGUGUUAUACCUAGGUUAAUGUAAUUAUUUUUUAAGUUUAACCAUUACAAAUAAAAAAAACGUAAACCAUUGGA